AGGAGGAGGAGCUGGGACACUCUCAGGGAAAACAAGAAAGAGAGAGAAAGCAGUUGUCUGGACCAGCUGAUUCACUGGAGUUCCCUCUCUAUCAGCUGUUUCUCUCCUCAUCCCCCUCACCUGACUCAUCCCUCUCUCUCCUUCUCUCUCUCUCUCCUCUCUCUCUCUUUCUCUCUCUCUCUCUCUCUCUCUCUCUCUCUCUCUCCUCUCUCUCUCUCUCUCUCCGUGUCCAGUUGCUCGGGGCUGCUUUGGGCGGGUGGGUCGUGGAAGCGGGUGGUGGUUCUCGUGCGCUGGGUGUCCGUCAUGGCCUCGGAGACGGGGUCCCACCCCAGGGUGGUGUUCGAGAGCCCGCGGAAGGAGGAAGACGAGGAGCCCCCCGGGCGGCGCCUGGGCAAGCUGACGGUCAAGUACGACCGCAAGGACCUGCAGCGGCGCCUCGACAUCGAGGAGUGGAUUGAGGGCCAGCUGCACCUGCUGUUCGACUGUGAGGAGGAUGAUAUCCCUGAAUUGGAGAUUGACAUUGAUGAGCUCUUGGAUUUGUCUAAUGAGGAACAGAAGUCAAAACUGCGGACACUCCUACAUCAAUGUGACAAGCCAAAAGAGGACUUCAUCAAUGGCUUACUGUACCGUAUCAAGGGACUCCGUAAGAUGUCUGGCAGCAUGAAGAAAUAAAUCUAAGCUGAGAGAAGAGCUAUAAAGCAGAAAAAAUCAACAUCUUCUGCUCUUAAAGGACCCAGGGGACACCCAGACUCCAGAAUCCCUAAAGUAGAUUCUGUUAAUCACCAGUAGCCAAGGCUAUGGAAGGCAACAGCCCAUCCACAUCAAGGAUGAUGUUCCGUUCACUGUUGCACAUCCUGCCUGGGUUACUCCACAUUCAGUUCAUCGGUUGUGUGCGCGACACGUUGUACCUUGCAACCACUGUACACUGCAGUCACAAAUCUGAAUCUUGAUGAUGACUUGACUUGACUUGAUGGAAAGCACACAAAGCAGCUAUUAAAACUGUGCAGAGGUUCUGAGAAACAAAGCGCAACGUUUUCUUAGUCUUCAACUACAACAGUGUCAAGUUCAUGCGAGUGGGCCAACCUAUGGUUUCAGCAAAAUACUAGAUUAACUGACUAAAUUAACAAUAUUGGAAAUCUUAUUUUGCUCUUAUUCAGUGUCCUUAUAAACAAAGGCAAACAUAUUAUAAGACAUGUAUGAGAUGAAUAAUGAAAUGAUAACUAGUUCUCAGCUAUAGGCCAUUCCAUACCUGGCCAGUCUAUAUCAUGCAUAUUCAAAUCCUCUGUAAACCACACCAAUUCCAAACACCAAACAACUUUUAAAAUGAUCAUCAACUCACCGUUUGGUGUUAGCUGGCAUAGAGAUGUGGCAUAUCUUUCAGGGUUACAGAAAAAAAAAACAUGUAAAGUGCUGUGUUUGUUCUCUGAGGACAGCUUGUACUAGGCCAAAUGGCUACAUCCCUAGAACAUAGAAGUCAAUGAUUUGACUACAUACCAUAAUAAAUUAAAGCAAACGUGGACUUUAGUGUGUCUCAUUAACAAAACAGUCAAUACAAUAUUCUGUUUACAGUAGUAAUGGAACAGUAAAUACCAUAUUGUGCUGUUGUGGUUAUUUGUUUUUAUUUUAUUUUGAAGAAUGUAUUGUGAUUACUGAUUUGUUCAAGUAAUAUGUGUUGUCCCAUGGCCUAUUUGUACAGCGAAAACUAUUCUCACUAGUUUGAACACUUUUUUCUCCCUCUGAGUAUAUAUUUAAAGAAAUUUCUUGUCUUUUUUUGCUGACACAAAUAUCAAAUGUAUUAAAGUAAAAGGUGAAAUGUGA